AGGCUGAAGGCGGCGGUUCACUACACGGUGGGGUGCCUGUGCCAGGAGGUGGCGGAGGACAAGGACGUGCAGUUCAGCAAGCAGAGCAUCGCAGCCAUCUCGGAGAUCACCUUCCGGCAGUGCGAAAUCUUCGCAAAAGAUCUUGAAAUGUUUGCAAGGCAUGCAAAACGAACCACGGUCACUACAGAAGAUGUGAAGCUUUUGGCUAGAAGAAGCAAUUCUUUGCUAAAAUAUAUCACUCAGAAGAGUGAAGAGCUUGCAUCAAGUAACAUGGAGCAGAAGGAGAAGAAGAAAAAGAAGUCCAGUGCAGCCAAGGGAGAGAGAACUCCUGGGGAACAAGAAGCAGCUGUGACUGAAAAUGAAGAUUCCAACAUGGCAUGAUUUAUCUUUCCAGUAACGUUUCAGGUCGUUUUCUCUUACUGUCCUAGAGAAACCAGAGUUAGCCUGUUUAUCUUGCAGGCUAGCUCCAGUAAUGAAUCUUCAGCUUUAGUGGAUGCGAUUGGACAAAGUGCCUUAAUUGCUCACAAAAGGUCUCUGUUCUUAAAAUACUUUAAAUAAAGAUUUUGGAAUAGAUCAUUCUCACUGAACCAUAACUCAGUAUGUGCAAUACCCUUCAUUCUGCUACUUUCUCUAGUAAAAUUUUCUCUUCUUUGACUUUU